GUUCUGUCAGUAGGAUUAGUGCGCGAGUGUCGGUGCACCAGAGACCGCUUCAAACUUCCGUCAUAAAGGAUCGCACUCAAAAUUUUGGUGAGUGCUCGCGACAGUUAAUUGUCACCGUGUAUAGAUUACGUCACAACCAAAAAUAAACUGGACUCGUUAUUGUUGGGCAGAUGUUUUAGAACGCGUCGUGAAAACACGAACUAGUUAAGCAUUUAAUCUGGUGGUGUGCGAAGGAAACUCGUGAAACUGUUUGUUAUUGUUACGUUUCGAAAUGUAUCCGGUUUUCUUCAAGAUCCGCAGCUUCAGUUUUCUUAAAACGGGCAAAUAGACGUGCGCGGAAAAAAGGAAAAACUGAAAGUUUCAAAUAAAAGGACACGAUGAACGGAACGGAGAGGUAAAGGAAAAGGGAAAGCGCUAUGUUGUCAGCAGGGGUUGGUUACGGAGCUCCUGGUGCAGGAGACACGCCUCCUUAUAGUCCUCCACUGCGAACCAGCCCCUUACCGAGCUUCGGAUUCACCCAAGAGCAGGUGGCAUGUGUAUGCGAGGUUCUACAACAAGCCGGAAACGUAGAAAGAUUGGGUAGAUUUCUAUGGUCAUUGCCUGCUUGUGACAAACUGCAUAACAACGAAUCCGUAUUAAAAGCCAAAGCUAUUGUUGCAUUUCACAAAGGAAACUUUAAAGAACUGUAUAAAAUUUUAGAAAGUCACAAUUUUAGUCCUCAUAAUCAUUCCAAACUUCAAGCACUCUGGCUUAAAGCUCAUUACCUCGAGGCAGAAAAACAGCGAGGUAGGCAGCUGGGUGCUGUGGGCAAAUACCGCGUCCGACGGAAGUUUCCUCUCCCCCGCACCAUAUGGGACGGCGAAGAGACAAGUUACUGCUUCAAGGAAAAAUCAAGAAGCGUUCUAAGGGAAUGGUACUCACACAAUCCUUAUCCGAGUCCGCGGGAAAAAAGAGAACUCGCCGACGCAACUGGACUUACAACCACCCAAGUUUCCAAUUGGUUUAAAAACAGACGGCAACGAGACAGGGCGGCGGAGCACAAAGAAAGUAACCACGGCAACGUCGACAAGCAACAAGUAGAAUCGAGUGGUUCGGAAAGUGAAGCGGAACCGAAACAUCCCUCUUAUCCAUCGGCUUUACCCGUUAUGCCUGCUCAGUUGAACUACGCGUCAUUAGCAGCCCCUAAUAUGAGUCAACCGAUUUAUCCCGGUCCCGGUGUACUACACGACUAUCAGACUUUGUGACAGUGGUUUAUAAACCCUUCUGAUCAAAAUAACGUUCAAAAUGUACCGUAAUGUUUAACUUGUAUGUAUACAUACAUAAAGACCUGAAACAUUAUUAUGUCAUUGAUUCUACAGCAUAAAGAAAUGUACAAAGAAAAAGACAACGAGCAAUCUCAACCACUAAUGUAUUACUACAAAAAUAGUUUGAGAUCUUCAUUGCUUCAUAUGGGUACUCUUACACCUAUUUUUUAUAAAGACAUUUUAUAAUUUCUACUUUUCUAAAGUAGUUAAAUAAUAUGUUAAAUAUAAUCUAGUAAAAGUCCAGUUGCAUUAGCAUCUUUGAUAAUUUUUUAUGGAUAUUUUGUACUAAACAUUUACGGUCAGUUAAGCAGUAACCCACAGUGAAACAGUCAGUAACAACUUAAAACAUUCAUAAGCAUCCAGCCCAAUUAUACUCAUCGUAAUAGGUUUUAUCAUUGAAUGCAAAUUAGAAUGAAUGACAUUAACUUCUCAUUCACAUUUUGGGCACAUCUUUUGACUAUAAUCUUUUGCGAGUAAUUUAGAAUAAACAACAAUCUUUCUAUCCACAAUUUUUGCACACUAUUAAGCAUUAGUUCUACAGCAAGUAUCAUAAAAAAACAUGAGGAUUUUACGAUAUUAGUUUAUUUACACAAUUUUAGACUGUGAUUGAUUUCGGUGCUGCUUAACUACUAAAAAUGUUUAAAUUUUUUCUUCUAAUUUGACUAAACUAUAAUACUAUGUUACCCACCAAGGGAAGCAAGUAUACCACUCCCUUCAGAAUGCGGAUUACUUUCCGCUGAAAGCGAGGGCGCAAAUUCCCGAAAAAGGGUGUGGUACUCUCUUACCGAAACUCGUAUAGGAUACCCCUGCCCGAAAGUACGACUUUUUCUGAUUUCGGGACAGGGCAUGACACAAUAUCGCAUACGUUCUUCGGGAAGAAAAUACAGCAGCCCUCCCGGAGGUUUGUCGUCCUUACCGGGAGAGGUGACGAUUCAUACCAGGGAGGCAAAUGUCCUACUUUCUUCCCUUGUUGCGUAAUAUAUUGUUAAUAUUUACACUGAAAAUUAUACAUAUUAUAUAAAGCCGCGUUUAGACUAAGUCGAGUAAUUGAUAAAGUUGCUCAUAAGCCAAUUCGCUUCUAUUUAAAGCGAUAUUAAAAAAGGCUCUCGGCAAAUGCUUGUUUACCCCUUUACCCCACACCACCAAUAUUCUUGUGUUUUCAAAGUUUGUAAUCUAAAGUUGUGUGUGAGCAUUACUUUAUAUAUUUAUGUAUUGUACGCCACUGUCUUUUGUAUAGAAUUUAUUGUUUUUAUUCGCUUAGUCUAAACCAAGAGCGUAUCCGGAAAUAAUUCAGGAGGAGAAGGGAGGAAGGGGGAAUUAAGUUUUAUACAUCUACAUUUGAACACUUGAUUGACUUUUUCACUUGUUUUUUGCCGUAAAAAAAUAUUACAGCUUUUUUCUAUACUGACGAUUUUUCUCACACAUUUUUUUGCAAUUUUUUACACUACAGAAUUAAACCAUAAGUCAUGGAGCUCAUAAUGAAUAAAGUGAUUUGUGAUUUCCCUCCUCCCCCCUUUUUGAUCUGCCACUGGUCUAAGCUCAAGGUUUAUUUUCUUUAUUAAUUACAAUCUGACUGCUUCACUUUUGUACGUUUUGAAUCAAAAUGUAACGUUUCUUGAAGUUAAUGUACUAAUUAAUUAAUACAUACUUCUAUAUUAGGUACCUACUUGAUAUUCUAGAAGGGUUUAUAGAGAUGGGAGUGAAUAAAAGUGAAUUUAAUUAUGUACUUCCUUAAAUUUACGACAUACUUAGCUGUUGUACAUUAGAUUUUUCGACAUUUGUUAUGUAAUUUCGUAAAAAGUUGUAAAUAUUAUUUAUUCUUGGUCUUGUUGUUUUUUCCUAGAGUGUAUUACGUACAUUUCCAACUCAAAAAAAAAAAGAAAAACUGUCUGUACUUUUAUCAUUUUAUCGUUAGAAAAUGCACAAUAUUUUUCGAAACGGUUAAUUUUAAACGCUUUCGAAUUGAGGUUUUUAACUACUUAUUAAUUGCUGUGUAUGUACAGGAUGCCUUUGAUUAAGUAAAUUAUGGCUACUUACCUUCACUAUACGUAAAUCACAAAGCAAUGCACAUAAACGUUUGGCAGUAUUUUAAUUACGAGAAAUUGAUUAAACCACGAACUCAAUAAACUUUUAGUAGUUAA